AUGGAGGCAAAGGACCUGUCCCACGAGAUUGCGAACACCAGAACCGAUACAAAAAGGGCAAGUAUGUUGGUAGAAUCUGGCACGACCGAGACUCUUGAUCCAGAAGGCGAGAAGAAAUUGAUCAGGAAAAUCGAUUGGCAUCUAAUGCCUAUCUUAAUCACCUCUUACGGCCUUCAGUAUCUUGAUAAGACCAGUCUUGCAUACAGUGCGAUACUCGGACUUCGUGAAGACCUUAACCUUGUUGGCCAACAAUAUAGUUGGACUUCCAGCAUUUUCUAUAUCGGCUACCUUGUCGCAUCCUACCCGGUCUCACUCGGCUUUGUGCGAUUUCCACUGGGAAAAUAUCUCAGCGUGUUGAUUUUCCUCUGGGGUGUUAUUUUGAGCCUCCAUGCUGUGACCAAUAACUAUGCGAGCCUCAUGGCACUCCGAGCGCUUCUGGGUGUAUUCGAGAGCGCUAUUAGUCCCGGAUUCUCUCUGAUUACGGGGAUGUGGUAUACCCCUCGAGAACAUGUGUCGCGACAUUCCAUCUGGUUUGCAGGGAAUGCGAUUGCCAGCAUUAUCGGGUCUUUAAUUGCCUAUGCCCUUUUGAGUUAUGAGGGAAGUUUGCCUCAAUGGAAGCUUCUGUUCCUUCUUUUCGGCCUCAUUACAGUCGCGUGGUCUAUUGUGACAUUUUUCUACUUACCCGACUCCCCGGAAACCGCCAGCUUUCUUUCGGCUUCUGAACGGAAGUUUGCUGCACUACGUCCUUACAAGUUCCAAAGAACUACACAAACCAAGUCCUGGGACAGGAGGCAGUUCAUGGAGAGCCUUAAGGAUAUCAAGUCCUGGUGGUUCUUCCUGUUCUCGUUUGUCAUUUGUGUGCCCAAUGGAGGCACCACAAGCUUCAAUACCCUAAUUAUUAAUGGCUUCGGCUACGACAAGUUUCAGACAAUCCUGAUGGGACUACCGGCAUCUGCCUUCCAGUUGGUCACGGUUCUUCUGUCGGCCGUACUAAGCUCCACAAUUCGGAAGUCCCGCCUGCUCAAUCUUGUCUUUAUUUUCCUUAUGGCAAUGGCUGGAAUUCUCAUGGUGAAGCUCCUGCCGUCCUCUGACAAGCUACCGCGGCUCGCCGGUUUCUGGCUUGUCAUGGCAGUUUCCCCGGCAUUCCCGUUGAUGUUAUCACUGGCAGCGAGUAACAUCGCUGGCUUCACAAAGAAAUCGACAGUCAUGGCCAUGAUAUUCCUGGGCUAUUGCGCGGGGAAUCUCGCCGGACCGCAAUUCUUCAUUGCAGAGGAAGCACCUAACUAUCACACCGCCUAUACUACAAUCCUGGUUUGCUACGCGGUUACUAUCGGUCUAGUCAUCGUGUUUCGGUUUUAUCUUAUGUGGGAAAACGCUCGCCGGGAUAAGGAGCAGGGUGUCAAAAUUGACCCCGAGGAAGUUCGUCGAGUCAACCUUAGUACGGAUGAAGUUGCACUCCAGGUGGACUUGACGGAUGAGGAGAACAGGUCCUUCAGAUACAUUCUGUAG